UCAGACCUGAGCAGAGUUGUAUCCAUCCAGCAGUGCUGUGCGUACAGGAGGGAUCAUGAAGUGUCUUGUUGCUCUUUUGGUCUUUGUGGUGCUCGCAGAGGGAAUCGUCAGGAUCCCUCUGACGAAGCACAAGUCUAUGCGUGAGGCCCUGAGAGAGAAAGGGAUCGAGGUGCCUUACCAGGAUCCAGCUAGCAAAUACCAGAACAAUGAGUUCUCCACCUCUGCCAACAUGUACAUCAACAACUACGCUGAUACCACUUACUAUGGACCCAUCACCAUCGGAACACCUCCCCAGUCCUUCCUGGUGCUGUUUGACACCGGCUCUGCCAACCUGUGGGUGGACUCCAUCUACUGUAACACUCAGGCUUGCAACGCACACACAAAGUUCAACCCCCAGCAGUCCUCCACCUACAGUGCCAAUGGACGGAAUUUUUACCUGCCCUACGGAGCUGGAAGCCUCUAUGGAAUCUUUGCAUAUGACACCGUGAAUGUUGGAGGCAUUGUCAUCAAUAACCAGGAGAUUGGUCUAAGCACAAAUGAGCCUGGUCAGACCUUUGCUGUGGCCAAGUUUGACGGCAUCCUCGGCCUGUCCUACCCAAGCAUCUCAGCUGGUGGAGAGACUCCCGUCAUGGACAACAUGAUUUCUCAAAAUCUCCUGGAUGCCAACAUAUUUGCUUUCUACCUUUCUAGGGGAGGACAGCAGGGCAGUGUGCUCUCUUUUGGAGGAGUUGAUGAACAGUUGUACCAGGGCGAAAUCUACUGGACCCCUGUCACCUCUGAGACUUACUGGCAGAUUGGUGUUGACGGAUUCCAGAUCAAUGGUCGCGAGACUGGCUGGUGCUCUCAGGGCUGCCAGUCUAUUGUGGACACUGGAACCUCCAUGCUGACAGCUCCAAGCAAUUAUCUGGGUUACCUCAUGCAGGCCAUUGGAGCCCAACAGUCCCAGUAUGGAAUGUACAUGGUGGACUGCAGCCAGGUCAACAACCUGCCAACUCUCAGCUUUGUUAUCAGCGGCGUUGCCUUUCCUCUGCCUCCUUCUGCUUACAUCAUGCAGCAUGGAUACCAGUUCUGCACAGUGGCCAUCACUCCUACCUACCUGCCAUCUCAGAAUGGCCAGCCCCUGUGGAUCUUUGGAGACGUAUUCCUCAGAGAGUAUUACUCCAUCUAUGACCGCACCAACAACCGUCUUGGUUUUGCUACUGCUGUCUAAGUGUCUUCAGUGUAACCUAACCUGACCAUAAACCUGAUCAGAUAAUAAUGAUUAAAUCAAACUGAGGUUUUGGUUAAUCUCAAACAACUUUCACUGUAAAUUACAGUACAUAAUAUUGUUGUACAUGUCUUUUACAUCUUGAAAUAGGUACAGAGAUACAGAGAUAGUCACGUUUGUAUAUUCAAAACAGAAACGUGUCCAUGAAAUUGCACCAAGCAAAAUAAAAGUGAAAAUGCAAGUGUU